GAUUCAGAUCUAGUGAUGUGGAUCACUAGAUCUAACAUCAGUUCAAAUUCACUUUGCAUUUUACCUUCAUCUAAACUUCAGCACCAAUUGAAGGAUGGAAAACUCAAUCAGAUUCUAGUCUUUAUUUUUGAAUUUUUAUGACAUACUAACUUCGGAGUUUUGAUAACUUUAUGUUGGCAUGGCAGGGGAAGAAAUUGUGAGCGAGGAGAACUAUGGCAAGCGUUAGAUUGAUCUCGACAAGUACAGUCAAAGCAGAAACAAUCACAGAGCCAAAUCGCAGGAUCGAAUUAACUCCAUGGGAUCUCCAGAUCCUUUUAAUGGGGAGCAUUCAAAAGGGACUAGUGUUUCACAAACCCAAACCUGCACAAGAGGAGAAUAGCUUGAUCAACCAUCUUAAAACAUCCUUCUCCCGCACACUCAACUUCUUUCCCCCGCUAGCAGGUCGCUUUUCCAUCGUCGAACAUGAAGAUAACACGCGCUCCUUUUACAUUGAUUGCAACAAUGCUGGAGCCUACUUUCUACAUGCUGUAGCUGAUGGUGUGACUAUUGCUGAUAUCCUUGAUCCCAUUUAUGUUCCGAGUCUGGUGCAUUCGUUUUUCCCGCUCAAUGGAGUAAAAAAUUAUGAGGGUGUUUCGAAACCAUUGCUCGGAGUACAAGUUACUGAGCUUGUGGAUGGUAUCUUUAUUGGUUUCACCAUCAACCACGCUGCUGCGGAUGGCACAACAUUAUGGAAUUUCGUCAACUCUUGGUCUGAAAUCUCUCGUGGUUUCAGUGAAAUAUCCAAGCCUCCAUCUUUUACGCGUGCAUUUCCUGAUCAUCCUAUUAGGAUUCCUCUUUCGAGCCUCAAUGUAAAUGCUUCCGUGACAUCCAUUGUACAUUUCGAAGACAGAGUAUUUCAUUUCAGUAAGGAUAAAAUCGCUAAACUCAAAUCAAGAGCCAGUACUGAGAUUGGGGCUACUAGCAUCUCCUCUCUUCAAGCACUUUUGGCUCAUGUAUGGCGAUCUGUCAUCCGCAGUCGUAAACUUCCUGCAGAUCUAGAAACAAGUCUCCUCUUAGCCAUUGGAGGUAGAUCAAGAUUGCAUCAGUUGAUCCCCCAACAAUAUUUUGGAAAUGCUUUUCAAUACGAGGGCACAACUUUAAAAGCUGGAGACAUACUUGAAUGUGGAAUUGGUUAUGUUGCUUGUGCAGUGAAUAAGAUGAUUACAGGGAACGCAGAAGAAGAAAAGUUGUUGAACUUUCUACAGUCCUGGGUAGAAAAUCCAAAGCUAUUAUCAAUGGAGGGAAAAUAUACUGAUGCAUUGGCUACAAGCAGUUCCCCACGAUUCAAUGUUUAUGGUAAUGAUUUUGGGUGGGGAAAGCCAAUUGCAGCGAGAAGCGGUGCUGCGAACAAGUACAGGGGCAAGUUAACAUUGUUGCCAGGAGCGGAGGAAGGGAGUGUGGACAUUGAAGCUUCUCUUCCACUUGACAUAUUGGAAGCCAUGGGAAGUGAUAUGGAGUUCAUGGAUGCUGUAUCACAUUAAGUACGUGGUGAUUUAAUUAUGCUGUAUUAAAUAAGUUUAUGGAAUGUGGAUCUCAUGUGAUGUGACCACUCCCUGUUCAUCAAUUUAUCUGU